AAUAUAAAAUGGUAUAACCAUUUUGGAAUACAACUUGGCAGUUUAUUUGUUUGUUUCGGUUGUUUUUACUCACCACUAUGCUAAUGAGGAACUUGUCAGUUUCUUUAAAAGAUAAACAUAUAUCUCUGGUCCGUGCCUCCAAGAUGACAAAGAAAAGAAGGAACAACAGUCAUGCCAAAAAGGGCCGCGGCCACGUGCAUCCUAUUCACUGCACUAACUGUGCCCGAUGCAUGCCCAAGGACAAGGCCAUUAAGAAAUUUGUCAUUCGAAACAUAGUGGAGGCCGCAGCAGUCAGGGACAUUUCUGAAGUGAGUGUCUUCAAUGCCUAUGUGCUUCCCAAGCUGUAUGUGAAGCUACAUUAUUGUGUGAGUUGUGCAAUUCACAGCAAAGUAGUCAGGAAUCGAUCUCGUGAAGCCCACAAAGACCGAACACCCCCACCCUGAUUUAGACCUGUGGGUGCUGCCCCACGUCCCCCACCAAAGCCCAUGUAAGGAGCUGAGUUCUUAAAGACUGAAGACAGACUAUUCUCUGGAGAAAAAUAAAAUGGAAAUUGUACUUAAAAAAAAAAAAAAGUUGAACAUACACAACAUGGAUGAAUUUCAGAAUAAUUGUGCUGAGUGAAAGAAGUUAGAAAUAGAGUACAUACAAUACUUUCUUGUGCUGUACUAGAAAAUGCAAACUAAUCUAUAGAGACAGAAGGCAAAUCAGUGGAUGCUAGUGGUGGAGGUGAGUGGGGAGAAGGGGAGGGGUGGGAGGGAGGAAUUACAAAGGGGCACAAGGAAACUUGAAGGGAAUGGACAUGUUCAUUUUCUUGAUUACGGUGAAAAUUUCACAAGUGUCUACAUAUAUUAAAACUUACCAAGUUGUACACUUUGAAUACAGUUUACUGUAUGUCAGUUACACCUCAUUAAAACCUUAAAAAGUUACUUCCAUACACUGGAAAAUAAUGUAGCAGUUAAUAAAAAUGAGAGAUCUAUGUAUACUGAAAUCAAGAGAUGGGUAUGAUAUAUCAUUAAAUGAAAAGAGCAAGCUGAAGAGAAUUUUCUCCAGUAUGACCUCAUUUUUGUUAAGAAAUUAUUGUACCUGUGUUAGGAUACAAAAUCAAUGUGCAAAAAUCACAAGCAUUCUUAUAUGCCGGUAACAGACAAACAGAGAGCCAAAUCAUGAGUAAACUCCCAUUCACAGUUGCUUCAAAGAGAAUAAAAUACCUAGGAAUCCAACUUACAAGGGAUGUGAACGACCUCUAAAUAAAAGAGGACACAAACAAAUGGAAGAACAUUCCAUGCUCAUGGAUAGGAAGAAUCAAUAGCGUGAAAAUGGCCAUACUGCUCAAGGUAAUUUAUAGAUUCAAUGCCAUCCCCAUCAAGCUACCAAUGACUUUCUUCACAAAA